GCCGGCACCCACCCGCGCCUCUCCGACCGCCCGGCCCCAAAGGGGUCCUCGGGGUCGGGGGCUCUAGCCCCGCAGCUAUCCCCUGAAGCCCGCCGGCCGCGGCGCCAGGCCCGGGAGGGCGCGGCGCUGAGCGAAGAGCAGUCUUCCAGAGCGGAAGGACGCGGCGCAAACAGGGCCCCCGGGGCGUGGGAGGACCUGCCAGAGACCCCCUCCCUCCCUGCUUCCAUCCCGCUGGGGCCCAGACGGCUGCCCCCUUGGGUUCCUCAGCACAACUGGUGCAGGGGCGAUUACAAAGUGUGGGGGGGCUUCUGGAAGCCAACGAGGAGGGGUGUGGCCUCCUGGCCGUGGCCUCCCCUCGGCCUGAGUGAGUGUUCAGGAGGGCAGGGAGUUUCUGGAGGCGGAUGUGGUUGUUUGGGGUCACCCAGCAGUUGCUAUCCUUCCUUGGAAGACACAGCCAGGCCUGGGAACACCGAGGGUGACUCCCACCCCCGACCCUGGCCAGCCCUGCCCCGCCGAACCGACCAGGAGCUGUCUGGUGAGCUCUGGGCCUUCCUACUGCUGCCUCCAGCCGGAGGGCCUGGCCCGGCACCCAUGGGAGGGGUUCCUGCCAAGGUGCCUGUGGGCGUCCAGCAUCACCGUCAGACAGACUGAGAGAUUCCUGGCCAUCUUGCCUCCAUUUUCCUGACCUGGGGGUCCAGCCAGAGCCUUGGGCUGCCACGCCCAGCAGCAGGCACUCCGCCACGCCACACCCCGCCAGUCUGCGUGAGGUGCCUUCCUCUGUCUGCUUCCUUCUUUCAUUUUCCCACUGCCUAGUUUUAGCAGAGAUGCCGCUAGAAAGUGUUGGCCGCGAACCUUCUUCUGUCUAGGGUCAGUGCUGGGAGGAUCCCUGGCCUCCUCUGAGGACUAGAAUUUGGGCAGCAGGGGUGGCCAGCGCUGGCCGGUGAGAGCCUGCAAUAUUUAGGCCCUCGGUGCCCAGAACAGCACCUGAGUCCCCGUGCUCAGCAGGUCAGUGGGUACACGGGGCUGUGUCAGUGGGCCGGUGGGGCAGGUCCAGGCCACCCUGGGGAGCCUGCUUACCCACCUGGAGGGUGCUGGUGAGAGGCAGGUUGGCCCUCCCUGGGAGGGGAGCCCGGAGCCCUCAUUCACCUGAUGAGGUGGAGGCCUGGGGAGUGGCACCAGAGGCACAUGGGCGUGCUAGGCGGGAAGGGCGGACACUGCGGCCUCUUGCAGAUGCUCCAGGUGGGGUGAGCUCCCUCUUCAUCACCCUCCCAUGUAGGCCUUCCUCCAGGCCAUCGGGUGGAGCACGUGGAGAUUGGGGUGUUGGGGGCAGGUGGUGGGGGGCCGUACUAGAAGAUGUGGCUACUGUGUGCCCCAACCCUUCCAAAGCCAGUGUCUUGUGGACAUCAGUGAAGCCCCGCAGAUGAGAACAGCAGUGGCUGACUCCCAGAGCGUGGAGUGGGGGUCAUAGGUCACUUGGAUUUGGCAGAGACCCAGAGGCAGGCAGACCUCAGAGGGGAGGGCCUCAGGUGGGCCCCCACAGAGGCUGGGGCCCUGGGGGCUGGGGCUGGGCCCUCGAGUGGGUGUCCUGGACAUCCAUGGCCCUCCCCCCCCCCCCACCCCAAUCUCCACUUGCUCCACCUGAUGGCCUGGAGGAAGGCCUACAGGGGGGGAGCAGUGCUGUGGAAGCUGGCAGUCUUGGGCCACCUCCUGGCGGGUUCAGGUGGGUCACCACCAUGGCUGCGUCUUCCUGGGCUGGUUGCUACGGGUCGCACACCUCGGUGCCCUCUACCCAGGUGGCCCGCUGUCGUCCCUCUGCACAGUGUGUCUGUCCUGAUCUCUUACAGCCUGAAGGAGGUCCUCUGUGGGAGAACAAGGCUGAUUUUUGGGGUGGAGCCCAUGGAUCCCCUUCCUGGGGAGGACAGUGCAGCCCCAGCGAUCCCCCCACUGAGGCCAGGUGAGAAGUUCCACCUGUUUGUGAGUUACAGCAGCGUGGACGCCGUGUGGACCCACGGGUUCAUCAGCCGCCUGGAGGCGGACCUGUCAGGAAUGAAGGUCUGCCUGCACGAGCGGGACUUCACCCCCGGCAGGAACGUCCUGGAGAAUAUGGCCGAGUGCAUCCAGCAGAGCCAGAAAGUGCUGCUCAUGCUGAGCCAGGACUUUGUGCAGAGCCGGUGGUGCCUCCUGGAGGCCGAUCUGUCGCUCUUCGGGUCCUGCCUGGAGAGGAAGCCCGUCAUCCCAGUCCUGCUGAGGCCUUGCCAGAUCCCGCUGCACCUCAGCCACCUGACAUACCUGAAUGCCGCCGACAGCUGCUUCCACAGCAAGGCGCUGCAGCUCCUCUGCACGCCUAACCACCUCCUGGCACGCUCCCCACCAGCCCUGCGUCCAGCCUCCUCCCUCUACAAUGGGAAGACCCUCCUGACCCUAAACUGCGUCAACAGGGACAGCCUGCCCUCGUGGAAGGAAAAAGCACCGGCUCAGCAGUUCCUCAUGAUCGCCGGCAACAUGUUUUUCUGCCCCCUAUUCAUGGCCUUAGCCGUGAACACCCUGUGCUGGUCCAGGAGGUUUUCCAAGAAGAAGAUGCGGGAGCUGGUCCUCAGAGUGGGGGAGGCCAACCUCCUGCUGGCACAGCACUCAGUGCUCAUGGGCUGCGACACAGCAAACAAACUCUACUUCGUGCAUGUGCUGCUGGAGAAGUGCAGGCAGGUCUUCCUGGAGGCGGCAUCCGCGGGGGAGGGCGAGGGUCUAUUCCAGGAGGCCCUGCUGCAGUUCUCCUGUGGCUACGCCUGCUGCCUGGCCCACGCGCACUUUCCCCACUGUGAGGACAUGGACGCAGAGGGGGCUGGCGGCCACCUGGAGCUGGGUCUGUGCUUCUGCCAGUUUGUCUUCCUGCAGCUGAAGAGGCGCGGUGGGGUGGGGGGUGACCCCGUGUGACGGCAGGAGGGGCAGCCGGGUUAGCUGUGCAGCGCUGAGCAGCCCUCAGGCCCCUGCACCCCAGAGAACCCCACAGCCUGUUCCCGGGGAAAGGCAGCUAUGUCAGCUCACCUGGCCGGGCAUCUUGCUCUAGCCUGAUGGUUUGCCCAAGAGGCAUUGUUCAAACUACCCGAGAGGAGGAUGGGGAGAGCAGCAGGCUUGCCUUGGGCCCCUCAGGUCCUCUUAGGAACUGGCCUCCCCUCGGGAGGACAGUCACUGCCCAUCUUUGGAUGGCCAUUCAGUGUCUGCAUGGCUGGGGCCCUGGAGCCCCUCUCUGAACAGCCCCCCAGGCGCCUGCCCUUCAUGCUGGGGUGAGGAGAUGAGACAGAAACCAGGCUGACCCCAAGGAAUUGGGCUGUACACCCCCGGCUGCUGGGCACGCACACACAGAUAGCCUGUAUUCCUGCCGUGCACACCAGGGGCCUGUGGGGUGGUGGUCACUGCUACGCUUGGAUAGAACUGGGAGGCCUGCGUUUGUCCUCGGCACAGACACGCCGUCAGGCCUGGGUCUGUGGCUACUGACGCCAGACUGGGUGUGCCCCGUCUGCUAUGCUCCCUCCCUUCCUGCCCUCCUGCCAAGCCCUGAAAUAAAGACCUCCUCCUGGGGAAGGGCCACUCCGUCUGUGCUGACCCUGUCCUCGCUGUCCCCGAAGGCUGGCAUUCCAGGCGCAGAUGACUUCAUGGUGUCUCUGGCACCUCUGCUGACGCUGUUCAUAACAUGAACUGGCCUGGAUGCUGGGGACACAGCAGGACAGCAUGAAACGGAGCUGUCACCCAGCAAGCGCCCUGCUGAGCUCCAGGGCCCCUCCACUCUGCCCAUCCUGGGGAAUGAGCCAGACCCCUGAGCCCCACACCUGUGCCACUGUAUGCUCAGCUUGGAGCGGCCUGGGGCUCUGCCCUGGGCCUCGGUUUCCCUGUCUGUAAGGAGCAGCUGACAGGUGAUCUCCUGCCACAUUUGGAGUUGGGUGCCAGGCAGAUGUUCCUGGGAGCCCUUGGGCCCAUGGCCAAGUGCUAGGCUGUCAAGAGUGUAGCUUAGCCACAUGGUUUUGCUGCCUUGCAUCCACUUUGUUUGGCCAAGCAUCCUGCGAGGCCUUAAACUGGCCCUCACCACCCUGCCAGCAUGCCCCAGACAGCAGCCAUGUCAUCACAGGCGAAGGUAAGUCCCUGAUCUGAUGCCCAGCAGCCCAUGUGAGAAACAGCUUCCUGCCCCCCAGGACUUUCCCUUACUGCCCCUUACAAAAGACCCCCAUGGACCUUAACAAAACCCUGUUCUUUUGGUUCAAAUGGACCGAUCCCAUCCUAUUCAGGGAACCCCAAAGCACUCCAGCCAUGGCCCCUGAAAAAGGUAUGUCCUGCCCCUGCUGAUUCCCUGCCCUGCCCUCCCCAAGUGGCCUCUUGAGGCGUGUUGUGUGCUUCCUGCGGGAUCUGUGAAUAACAAACUUCUCUACUUCCAUUUCUCUUGUGAAAGAGAACAGUCUUGUGACCUGUUGCUAAACCACACUCGCAACCCAGCGCUCCGUGGUCCACUUAAUGUCAGCAGGGCAAAGCCGUGACAUGCAUCCUGAUGGAAGCUGGUGCGGAGUCUGGCUUAGCCACCUGCCCGGGAGGACCCCCUUGAGAAGAGACUGACCAGAGGCCGAGAAGUGGGGGGGCUCUGGGCAAGGGGACAGCAUAAUCAGAGACGUCAGACAGCAUAACCCCGGGUCCCGGGGAGGAGCCCAGACCUUGGAGGGCUUCUGAAACAGGGCCCAGCACAGCGCCCCCCUGUGGCAGGUGGGCCUCGGCUCCCCUGCACAUUUCAGGGCUGGGGGCAGGCGAGGAGCCAGCGUACCAAGAGGUGGUGGCGGGCACUGCCAAGCGGGGGGCGUGUCCUGGGCGUCUCAGGGCUCGCUGGCAGCUUUGGGUGCUGGAACUUGCCUGAGAGCGGUGCUUGGCACUAGGACCUACCCCAGCGGGCCCCGGCACCGCGUCUCUCAGAUGUCCGGGUAGAGGCACCGUCAGGGCCCCAGGUGGGGAGGGAAGCUCACACCUGGACUCCGUCAGGUCCUCUGUCAGGACCCGGCAGGCCUAGCGCACCCACUCUGGGCCAGGGCCGAGCUCGCAGGAAGCACAACUGGCAUAUAUGGGCACCAAGGGGCCAAUUCGAGGCCACACCGCCUCACCCGCCCUGGCUGAGGGUCCACCCAGUGCCCAGAAUUAGGCUGUGCCAGAGAGUGCAGAACUCUGGCAUGAAGCUAGGCAACUGGUCGGGCCUUUCAGGACUUGGACUCCUGGCAGUAGCGCUGGGAGCCCAGGAUGGUGCUCGGGGCUGGGGUCGAGGCCGUGUGCACACACAUGCGCAC